GUAAAUGAAAUGUGUUCUGUUUUGUUUUGUUUUUUAUAGAAAGGAUGCAGGUGAAUGCCAUACAGAUCUUGGAAUCUGAAGUGGCUGAUGUUUUAUCUGUAAGGAAGGACCAUAAGUCUGGGGAUCUCUGUUAUGAAAACCAGUCACCGUUUUGGGGAAACAUCACUCAGAGGAAGAAGUGGGCCUCUUCCUCUUACCUAAACUGUCAGACUACAGCUGUGAACUUUGAGACAUACACGUGUUCAAAUCGUUUUUCCCAGUGGACCACUGAUCCUGGAAGUCCUGGGGGAGAGAUGAACAGACAAGAAGCUUCCACCUUCUUUUGGCUCUCUGAUCCCCAGUGUGAUUCCAACAAUAAUACCUCUCUACUAGAAGCAGCAAUUCUUUCUGGGUGUGUCUCAGAGGAAAUAACUUGUAAUAAAGAAAGGUCUUUCAAUACUAAUGAGCAGGACAGAUCAGUCACAACCUUGUCAAAGAACCAAAACAAAAUCAAUGAUGGUGCUGAUAAAGAUAUUGCUUCACCUUUGAGAUCUGUGAAGUGUGUUUUUAUGGAACAGGAGGUCCAAGACACAGUUGGAAUACAUCCAAUUAAGGAUUCAGACAAUAAUAGCAAAAGACUAUCCCAGAAUCUUAUAACACUGAGAUCCUCAAGUAAAUUAGCACUUGUAUCACCUAUGUUUCCAAUGGAGAUGGAUUCUUUGGGAGAAAACUCAAUCCUUACAAAUAUUGGACCUCCUGAGGACCAGCUUUACCAAGUAAGUGACAGAAUUAGAAAAUGUAAGCAAACCUAUCUGGGGAAUAAGGUGUGUUCAAAAAGACAAGAAAAAGAUCCAAUCCCUCCUUCUGGGAAAAGAAGGAAAACUUUUUCAGAAAAACGAAUCAAGGGGGAAAACCAGCACGGAAAUUCAAGCUGUGAUGUAACUUGUAAAUCUUCGAGGUCUGGUGCAAAGCAAUUAUCUCAAAAGAAUAAGGUCACUGACAAGAAGAUGUUUUCAAAUGAGAUAAAUAAGGAAAUAAAACAAAUAAGAAAAAGGUUAUCUGCUGACUUACACAACACUAAGAGCAAAAUAAAUAACUACAAAGAAAUAAAAGAGUCAGAAAAGAUAAUGAUAAAUGUGGAUCAGCAGAUCCCAAAUACACUGAGAACACUCAGUAUGAAAGUUGUGCAGAAAAUGACCCACAGGUCUUUAAAACAGGAAGGAAGAAGGAUUUAUGACACUAAAGCCAGUGACUUCAGAAAGUUAAAUCUGAUUCCAUUAGAAAGCAACUUGAAACCUGAUUCUCAAGAAUAUAUGCCUAAGUACAAAACUAAAGAAAGACAAGUAAAAUGUAGUAAAAUCCACCCAAAAAAGGCAAGCUCACUGAAUACUAAAAUGGAAGUUUUUAACUCAGAUAGCAAACAAAGCAAUAUAGGGGAUUCACUGGGUAGAAAGAAGCAAGGCCUCAAAAGCCACAUAGGCAAUUCUAGAAUUCCUAUCUUGGCUUCCUACUCUGUAAAACCAGGUUUAAAUAACAUGUGUCAUGCUUCUGUUAAGAGUAAGAAGGACAUACAAAAUAACGUAAAUAAAAAACAGAUACCAUCAACUGUUCAGAUCAGUGCAACUAGGGAUGGGACAGGAUCAAUGACUAAAGCAAAGCAAAUAGUUGAAAACGGUCUUUCAACCAAAGACCAAUCUGAUUUUGGAAAGAAAGUUGUUUCUGAGACUGUUUCAGGAGAACAUGAAUCCACAAAAGUUGUCCAAGUGAUACAGAAUGAAGUACAUAAUCGCCUUUCUAAAACAGGGAAAAACUUCUCCCAGAAGACCACCAAAAAAUUGGUCCCAAAUAGUCCUAGAUCUUUGGAAAUUUCCUAUGUGACCUUAACCCAAGAGCAACCUGUCAGGACUUCUUUAGUAGACUUCCAAGUUCUGGAACCUCAUCUGAUAAAUGGCAGAAUUUUAACAACCCCUCCUCCUGGGCUAGAGAAUUGCCAAAUCACAAAAGGAAGGAACUUCCCGUCGGGCCCAAAUGAUAGUUGGAGUAUGGCAGUUCUUCCUAGAGACUCUUCUCUCAGUGAAAAAACUCCAAAGAAAGAAAACCAAGAGUCAUACAACCUGGAAAACACUAGCUUUUCUUCCCCUAUUCCCACAUCAAAAUUCUUGAAAGAAUCUAGAACUACCUUGAGACGUUCAUCAAGAAACAAAGAAAAUCUUGUUAGCUACCGAGAGCCCCGACUCAAUUGCAAAUUGAGGCGUGGAGACCCGUUCAUAGAUGCAGUGUCUCUUCAUUCUCCAAUAAACAGAAAAGAAGAAAUAAUGAAAAAUAGCAAAAAUACCAAAUAGAGGAAGAACUAUGAAUGACAAAAUUUAGAGUUUAAAAGGUUUCAAUUUAUUUUAAAGAUUAUUUUGACAGAUAACAGAUUUUGAACCAGUGGCAUUUUAAGGGUUUGAUGGUAUCCUGUGGCUUAUUUCUUCACUUCAUGCUUUUAAAAUAUAUGUAAAUUAAAACUAAAGUUUAAAAUAAAGACAAAUAUUUUAAUUCCCAA